AUGGCCUCCGCCGAAUCAGACGUCCAGCUGCAAGACUUUGCGAACAUAUUCAGCUUAAAGGGCAAGGUCGCAGUCGUAAGCGGUGGUUCAAGAGGACUAGGACUACACGCUGCAUCUGGUCUCCUCCAAGCUGGGUGCUCCAAGGUCUUCAUUACCAGCCGGAAAGCAAGCGCGUGCGAUGAGGCCGUCGCAGCUCUGAAUGCACUACCAAACAAGCCGCCUGGCGCAAAAGCAUACUCGCUACCGGCAGACAGCUCGAAGCUCUCCGAGAUCGAAAGACUGGUCAAAGAGGUAGAGAAGCAUACGGAUCACGUGGAUAUCCUCUUCGCAAACGCUGGCGCGACAUGGGGAUCACCCUUCGACAAGGUGGAUGAGAAGAAUGGGUGGGACAAAGUCAUGGAUCUGAACGUGAAAGGCGUCUUCUUCACCAUCCAAAGAUUCGCACCGCUCCUCGAGAAAGCCGGGUCGCGCGAAGACCCCUCCCGCGUCAUCAUCACCGGCAGCGUAGCAGGCAUCGGCGCGGGCUCUCUCGGCGAAUCCGGCGCUUACUCGUACGCCGCGUCCAAAGCCGCCGUGCUGCAUCUCGCCCGCAACCUCGCCGUCGAGCUGGGGCCCCGCCAUAUCCUUGUCAACAGCAUUGCGCCGGGGUUUUUCAUGUCCAAGAUGGCGGCUGGGCUGAUGGAGAAGAUUGGCGGCGUCGAGGCGCUGAACAAGAGUAGUCCGAAUGGGCGGGUGGGGAAACCAGAGGAUGUUGCGGCUGCUGUCGUCUUUUUGAGCUCGCGGGCGGGCGGUCAUGUUAAUGGCGAUACGCUUGUGCUUGAUGGGGGGAAGAUUUGGGGGAGUGGGAAGCUGGAGAAGCUGUAG